GUCACACUCAAAAUCAAAAGCUUAGUUUAAAGCCUCUCUCAUUUAAGUUUGAGUCCCCCCACAAAAUAAUUAUCAUAAAAAUAUUGGUAUUGAGACACUUUCAGUACAUGAGUGGGUGCAAGUGCAACCUGUCACCUCUGCAUGCUCUUGACUUUACCCUCUCUUCUCUGGUGUUUUCCUUUGCAGCUCCAUUCUCUUCCUCCUCGUUCACAUCGAUUCUUUUCUUAAAUCUUUGAUUUCACAACUAUAUAUUUACCUUUAUAAUAAUAUUUCCUUUGUUUUUUCUGAGUUAUCUUCAAAUUGAAUGACCUCGUACAUUGUGUGUUGUCAUGUACCUCAACAAUUCUACAAGAUCUGAUUUAAUCUAAUUCAUAACAAAAAACAAAAUAUAACAUUACAAAAGGUUUUUUUGUUGUUAGCUUUGUUUUUAGCUGUAAAUUGCAUUAGGCUAGUUUUUUCUAUUUAUCAUUAUAGAAAACAGAAACUAACAUUAUUAGAAAAACAAAAAUAUGAAAGAUUCAGAAAAACUAAACCCAACCUUAGUGAAUCCUACAACACAACAACGACCUUCACAUUCACACUCAGCAAAGAUUAUGCUAUGGCUAAUCCUAGCUGUUUCUCUAACCUACUUCAUUUACACUCUCAAACUCGUUUCCACUUCAAGCAAUUGCAACCAUGGUCCAUUUUCCAUCAAUCACCACUCUUCCAGCAUCAAUGCAGCAAACAGCACUACCAUUUCUUCUUCUAAAAGAACCGAGCUCCGGCAUGUAGUGUUUGGAAUUGCAGCCUCAUCAAAACUUUGGGAACAAAGAAAGAACUACAUAAAACUAUGGUACAAUGAGAAGAAAAUGAGAGGAAUAGUGUGGAUGGACGACAACGUGAAAACAAAUCCAAACGAAGGUCUACCACCGGUGAAAAUCUCAACCGACACAUCAAAUUUUCCAUACACAAACAAACAAGGCCACCGUUCCGCUAUUAGAAUCUCACGCAUUGUUUCUGAAACGUUGAGAUUAGGCCUUAAAGAUGUGAGGUGGUUUGUAAUGGGAGAUGACGACACGGUGUUUGUGACGAAUAAUUUGAUUAGGGUUUUGAAUAAGUAUGAUCAUAAGCAGUUUUACUAUAUUGGGAGUUUAUCAGAGAGUCAUUUGCAGAAUAUAUAUUUUUCUUAUGGUAUGGCUUAUGGUGGUGGUGGAUUUGCUAUUAGUUAUGGUUUGGCAAAAGCUCUAGUGAAAAUGCAGGAUCGUUGUAUUCAUAGAUAUCCAGGACUUUAUGGUUCUGAUGAUCGAAUGCAAGCUUGUAUGGCUGAACUUGGUGUUCCACUUACAAAGGAAAUCGGUUUUCACCAGUAUGAUGUGUAUGGGAACCUCUUUGGGCUUCUUGCAGCUCAUCCAGUAACUCCAUUGGUAUCACUGCACCAUCUUGAUGUGGUUGAGCCAAUCUUCCCUAAUGCCACAAGAGUAGAAGCACUUCAACGCCUUACAAUACCAAUGAAGCUCGACUCAGCAGGACUCAUUCAACAAUCCAUCUGCUACGACAAAGAAAAGAGAUGGACUAUUUCAGUUUCAUGGGGUUUUGCUGUUCAAAUAUUCCGCGGGAUAUUUUCUCCCCGCGAAAUUGAAAUGCCUUCAAGGACAUUCCUUAAUUGGUAUAGAAGAGCUGAUUACACUGCUUAUGCUUUCAACACACGUCCUGUUACUCGACACCCUUGUCAGAAGCCUUUUGUGUUUUACCUUUCAAAAGCAAAAUUCAAUUCUACAAUACAACAGACAGUGAGUGAAUAUGAAAAACAUCGUGUUCCUCAUCCGGAAUGCCGAUGGAAAAUGGCUAAUCCUUCUGCUCUUGACAAAGUUGUCGUAUAUAAGAAGCCAGACCCGCAUCUAUGGGAUAGAGCUCCAAGGAGAAACUGCUGCAGAGUGAUGAAGUCAAAUAAGAAAGGAAGAAUGGUGAUUAAUGUGGGUAUAUGUAAAGAUGGUGAGGUCAGUGAACCUUGAUUGUAAAUUGUGAUUGAUUAAUGUUAGGUUCAUGUCUAUAUUAAUUCUUUGUUUUUAUUUCUUCAUUUAUUGAGUCUAAAUGUGAAAUUUUGUCAUUUUCCCUAAAAUGGGAUGGGGUGUGGAAACAAGUGUGGGCACAAAAUUUGUAGUUUAUAGUCAAUAUUUGAUACAGAUUGUAAUUUAAUUUACUGAAAUAAAGGAGAAGUUCAAUUUGUAAUUUACUACUCCUUGGAGAUCA